GGGCCCCGCGGCACGUGGGCGGGCGGGGGUCGGGCCGGAGCCCCCCCCACCCCGCCUCGCCGACGGACGCAGCGACCGACUCCGGCCACGCCGAGCGACCCAGGAUGAUCGCCAAGGCCAAUAAGUUGGACGUUCGCGAGGUGAUCCCGGAGACUAAGAAGAAGAAGAAGGCAAAAGCAGCCGAAGGCCAAAGCGUGACCGUGCCAGAGGAUGAUGCGAGGGCAGGGGUCUCGGGGGAGAACAGCAGAUCGGCCGGGAAGAAUCACGUGGCCCCGGACGGGGUCCCUCAGUUGCUCGGCGUGAAAAAGAAAAAGAAGAAAGCCAAAGCGGCCGACUCCCAAGCCGUGAUGGUCACUGACGGGGACUCGGAGCCCGAGACGCCUCAGGUUCCUAAGUCUGUGGGAAAGAACCGCGCCUCCGAGGACGUGCCCCCCAAGCCGGCCGUGACCCCCGACGAGGAGGAGAAGAAGAAGAAGAAAAAGAAGAAGAAGAAGAAGAAAAAAAAGAAGAGGAAGGGGGUGCCGGACGGGACAGAAACGGAUUUGCCCAACCCCGCGGCAUGGGCAGAGGCCAGCGUCGAUGCCCGGUCGGGGGAGGAGGCGGACGAGAGAUCCCAACGGCGAAAGCGAAAGCAUAAGAAGCAAGGCAAGGACGCCGUCUUCCCAGCUGGUGACCCCCAGGCCGGGCUCGCCGGGGAGUCUGGGCCGGACCCAGGAGAGGGUGAGGGGGACCGGCCCGAUGCGGGGGGCGAGGCCCGCAGAGGCCUCAAGAGGACGCCCGGCCGACUCGGGGAGUCUGAAGACGGGGAGCCGAUCCCCAAGAAGAAGAAAAAGAAGAAGAAGAGGACCACCCAGCACGAGGAAGAGACGGAAGGAGCAGCCGGGGACCGGGACAGUCUGGUGGCGGUGCCCCGACACGGAGAGGACUGCCAGAGAAAAGACGGCAAGAAGAAGAAGAAGGCCAAGCUGACGCUGGUGGGCGGCAGGCUGGUGGAGGUUGCCGCUGAGCGGCCGGACAGGGAGGGGAAGAAACAGAAGAAGAGGCCGGUGACGGAGCGCUCCGCCGAGGAACCGGCUCAGAAACAGACGACGCAUGAAAAAGCAGCCGUAGAGCCGCAAGGCCCGGAAACGGAACAAGACAAAGACUUAGAAGUCAUAUCUGUGAAGAAAGGGAAUGUGGACGAAACAAAUAUAGACACGGCCCGACUGCAGUCCCCGGGUGAUUUCAGAUGCCCUGGCGAUAGCCCUCGUGCCACACGGGGAGAUGGGCCCACGCGGUUCCAGGAUGAUAAGAUGGCGAUCCGAGGCUUGGGGGCCCGCGGGGCGGUCAGCUUGCCCCAGGUCCGGCGAAAAGCCUUGCAGGAAGAGAUCGACAGAGAAUCCGGGAAGACCGAAGCCCUCGUCGCGGCGGACGCGGAACCCGCUACACGUUUUGGCCAGUGGGAUACGGCAGCUUUCGACAAUGCGGACCAGAAAAUGAAAUUCCUAAGACUGAUGGGCGGUUUCAAGAAGUCUUCCCCUUCGCUCAGCCACUCCCCGGCCACAACGGCGGCGGCGAAGCCCAACAUGGCUCUCAACAAGACGGGGGCAGAGUCGUUACGGCAGAAUCUGCAGAUGCAAUUCGACAAGGCGCUGAGCUGGAAGCAGAGCCGCGGGAUGGGACUGGGCUUUUCCACGGCUGCGAGGAAGACCUUUUUUAUCGACAAGAGCGCAUCCAAGUCGGUAAAAUUUGAGUAUUAAACGGGAAUGUCUUGUCUGAAAAUAGCCAAAGUGGUUUUACUUCUGUAAUCUAUGGACGGAAGUCAGUGGAGUUCAUUUUAUUUUUAAUGAACAGGUGUCAAUAAAAUGAUCUGAUUGUGAAAUAGA